AUGUGCACCCUGCUCACCUCGAAGUCCCUGCCUCUGCUGCUCCUGCUGCUGCAGCCACUUCCACUGCAGGUCCUAAUGCUUCAAACGUAUCCUGAUUUCUCUAAAGAGAUGGAAGAAAAAUUUCAAGAUUAUUGGGAUGAAAUACAUAAUUCAGGGCCUACCAGAGCACCUACCAAAGACAGUUUCCAAAAGCAUGUCCUGCUUGAUGCUGAUUUCAAAUUUAGUGAGUCAGAACUGUGUACUCGUGAAAUGUUAUCAAGAAAUAUUCACGUCAAUCUUUACUGUAGGAAAGAACAUUUCUUCCUCUACAUACCAUAUGAGGAGUUGCAAAAGACCUGUUACAACAUGUAUGUGGCAUGUAAAAAUGGAGUUAGGAAAUGUCACAAGACCAAGAAACUAAUAGAAGGAGCGCACUGUGCGUUAUCAGAGGGAAGUACGAUGCCAGACUGUCAGUAUGAAACGACUUACAAGAAGGGAUAUGCUCUUAUUACAUGUCGAUGGCAAGAUGAUAUUGGAGAAAUUAUUCCUGAUUAUGUAAAUAGUAUUUUGGAAAUACCUGGCAAAUAGAAAAGUUCCAGCCAUUAGGAAGAUAUCUUCCUCCCACAACCCUAGAAGAGUAUUGUCUUAGAGUUGAACGUGGGAGAAAUAUAUCCCUCUCCAUACUGAGUCUUCUAGGUCAAAAUUGAGAAUGGUAAUUUUAAUCUAUUCAUUUUAAUCAUCCACCUUCCUCUCUUCUCCUAACACCAUGCACAGGCAUCGUAGGCUAGGUUCAAAGACAGCGCUCUGAGGUGUGGUUUCAAACAGGUCAUAUAACUGAGCACAUGUUGAAUGUGUUAGGAGGAUGAGUGCCUAUAGUGAAAGGAUGGGCACUACCAAGAAAAACAGAAAAUGGUUGCCUGAAGUGUGUU